AUGGCCAUCAGUGAGGGGGGGCUGCUCACCGAUGAGAUCCGCUGCAAAGUGUGGCCGAAGCUGCUCAGUGUCAACACGGAUGACCUGCCCCCUCUUCCAGCAGGAAAGGAGCUGCGUGAGGACAACAAAGAUUACCAGCAGGUCUUGCUGGACGUGCGGAGAUCCCUGCGCCGUUUCCCGCCAGGGAUGCCAGAUGACCAGAGGGAAGGUUUGCAGGAGGUACUCAUCGACAUUAUCCUCCACGUCCUCAAGCGCAACCCCCAGCUGCACUACUACCAGGGCUACCAUGACAUCGUGGUCACCUUCCUCCUGGUGGUGGGGGACAGACUGGCCACUGCUCUGGUGGAAAAGCUCUCGACACAUCAUCUCAGGGAUUUUAUGGACCCAACAAUGGAUAAUACCAAGCACAUUUUAAAUUACCUGAUGCCCAUCAUAGACCAGGUGAACCCUGAGGUGCACGACUUCAUGCAGAGUGCGGAGGUGGGAACCAUCUUUGCCCUCAGCUGGCUGAUCACCUGGUUCGGGCACGUCUUGUCCGACUUCCGGCACGUCGUGCGAUUAUACGACUUCUUCCUGGCCUGCCACCCACUGAUGCCCAUCUAUUUUGCUGCUGUGAUCGUGCUGUACCGGGAGCAGGAAGUUCUGGACUGCGAGUGUGACAUGGCCUCUGUCCACCACCUCCUGUCCCAGAUCCCACAGGACCUUCCUUAUGAGGCUCUGAUCAGGAAAGCUGGGGACCUUUUUGUCCAGUUCCCACCAUCUGAACUGGCCAAGGAGGCAGCUCAGCAGCAGGCUGAACAAACUGCAGCUUCCACGUUUAAGGACUUUGAGUUGGCGUCAGUGCAGCAGAGACCAGACACUGUGUUGAGGCAGCGCUUCAGGGAGCGGCCCCGGGGGGAGGAACGGACAAAAUCCAUCUUGACAAAGCCCCGGACCAACCGCUUUGUCAAGUUGGCCGUGAUGGGGCUGACGGUGGCGCUGGGAGCAGCUGCCCUGGCCGUGGUCAAGAGCGCCCUGGAGUGGGCACCCAAGUUUGAACUGCAGAUUUUUCCCUGA